AUGGCCCCAGCAGCUGCCUCCAGUUCGGGCGCGAAGAAGGCGUCUAUGCCGCCGGAGAGAAAGUACAAGUGCCAGUUCUGCCAUCGUGCGUUCAGUCGUAGCGAGCAUCGGAGCAGACACGAGCGUUCCCACACCAAGGAACGUCCGUUCAAGUGUCUCAAGUGCAGAAGUACCUUUGUGCGACGAGAUCUGCUGCUCCGACACGACCGUACCGUCCACGCCAAAGACGGAGGGAUCCCUCUGAUCGAGGCCAGCAGUGAUGGCAUGGUAGACCUCGAAACCGCAGCCAUGCUCAUGACAGACUUCCAGCACAAGGCCGCAGCGGCUGUCACCUCGAGUCAGCAUCGCAGCCACGGUCACGGUCACGGACAUGGCCAGGACCAGCAGUUCUCGGAUCGCUCUAAUCUCAUGGAACCAUCGGUCUCAUACAUGUCCGGUAACGCCACCUUGCCCCAGAUGCCGUGGGAUACCUUCAUGUCCGAUGUCAAGCCCAGCAAGGAAUCGCGGCCAUCCCAGCCUGUCUCUUCUUACUCGAGCUCGCUCCAGCACCAGACCAUGGUUGCGCCAACGAUCGAACGAAGUGCCUCCAGUGACAAUCUGACCCCCACCAUGCACUCCCUCGUUCACUCGCUUCCGGUAUCCGGUAACUCGACACCCAACGCCCUGUCGCCUUAUCCAUCCAUGACCGGUCCCGUCUCGCCAGUGAACUACAGACGCUCGCCCGGACCCAGCCAGAUCCUCACCCAGCCCAAGGCCCCACAAAUCUCGGGUGAUGCGGAGCGACAGAUGAUCGUCGACCGUCUAGAGUCUAGUGAUAGCAUGAACAGCCUGCCAGAGACCUUCAAGGUGCCGUCGACCACCAUCAUGAACCGAUAUCUAUCCACUUACUUCAACAUGUAUCAUCACCAUCUACCAUUCUUGCACCCGGGAACUUUUGCUCCCAAGGACGUCUCCUCGCCCCUCCUUCUGGCCGUGCUCUCAAUCGGUGCUUUGUACACGUUCGAAAGGGAAGAUGCGUUCAUGCUACACAUUGGCUCCAAGAUGCUGGUCAACCAGUUCCUACAGCAAAAGGAUAACUUUGAUUCGAGAAAGUGCCCGCUCUGGGCCAUGCAGAGUACCCUGCUCAACAUGAUCUUCGAGAGCUGGAGUGGUGACUCCAAGGGACUAGAGUGGACCUGCUCCAUCAAGAGUCUGCUCGCUAACAUGGUCGCCGGUAACAGGUACCAGCUCAAACUCCGAAUGGAUGCCCGCGAAGGUGCCACCCCACGCCACGAGGAAUGGAUCGAGGAUGAGAGCUGUCGACGAACCUACUAUGCUGUCUUUGUCUUCUUCGGCAUGCUCAGCUUAACCUUCAACCACAACCCGGCCCUCACAUUCAACGAGUUCGACACCCUCGAGCUCCCGUCCUCGGAGUCCCUCUGGAAUCUCGAAAUCUCCGACGAAUACACCUGGCGCCGAGCCCUGGGAGGUGUCUCCAAAGUUCUCACCGUCCGACAGGCCCACGACAGCCUUCUUCGCGGCGAACCAGUCCGGUACUCGGCUUACGCUACUCGCGUCAUGAUCAAUGCCCUCUUCCUCGAAGUCUGGUAUCAAUCCCGCACUAUCGACGCCCUCCAGGAUGUAGUAACCCAAUACAAGCUCCGUCUUGCGAUCGAAACUUGGGAAAAGUCCCUCGACAUCUGCGAACCGGAGACCAUCGUCGUCCCCAUCAGCACCCCUCAAAAGGGCCACCCACUCAUCUUCAACUCGAUGGCCGUCUACCGCAACACCCGCGCUCGUCUUGAAGUCGAUCUCAAGUCUAUCCAGGAAGCACUACGCUACCACUCCCCUUACGAAGUAGCAGCAGCCAUGACCGUGGCUCGCGAAAAGAUCAAGCGAUCCCACGAAAUGAACAAGGUCGUCACUCAGUGCUUCGAGUGCAUCGAGAUCGCUGCCGUCCAGGGCUUGAACUGGGUUGCCACCGCGUCCGCUACAAACUGGAGUAUCGAACACCCUCUCUGCGGCAUGGAUAUGAUGGUUAUCCUUAGUCUAUGGCUCUACCGUCUUGAGCAUGACGAGGAACAAGCCACCGAGGAAGAGCUGGAGCUAUAUUACAAGAUCCGCGGCCUCUUCACUAACGAGCUGGUCGACCAGCAGGGCAAACUAUGCUCUACCGUUGCGCGCGUAUGGGGAAACAUCCUCGACGGCGUCGUUGUAUGGGGAAUCACCAAACUCAUGGGCGAGGCAUUCAAACUCCAUUCCCAGGCUCUAGUAGGCUACCAAGACUCAGCCGCCAGCCCCGAACAAGCCCUUGAACCAAUGCCAAUCAAGGGCCUCGCCAGCGUCGGAACAGCAUAUUAA